AGGGUCACUUGACAGGAACAGCUGGACGGGAACAACAAAGCAUUUCGGUUUUACAGCAGAAUGUCCCGUCUGUAAACAACAACAACCCCUGACGUCGCUACUCGACGGACGUGUAGACCUUCACAUCACGGCCGGCCAAGGUUUCGAGAAGUCGACGACCUGAAAAAAAAAAAAUCAACAUGGGGCGCAUCUUCCUGGACCACAUCGGUGGAACGCGCCUGUUCUCCUGUGCCAACUGUGACACCAUCCUGACGAACCGCUCCGAGCUCAUUUCCACGCGGUUCACGGGCGCCACGGGUAGAGCUUUCCUCUUUAACAAGGUGGUCAACCUGCAGUACAGCGAGGUCCAGGACCGUGUGAUGCUGACCGGCAGACACAUGGUGAGAGACGUCAGCUGCAAGAACUGCAACAGCAAGCUGGGCUGGAUCUACGAGUUCGCCACCGAGGACAGCCAGCGCUACAAGGAGGGCCGCGUCAUCCUGGAGAGGGCGCUGGUCCGCGAGAGCGAGGGCUUCGAGGAGCACGUUCCCUCCGACAACUCGUGAGCUUACCUCCACAUGACCGCUCCCGCCGUCGGCAGACUUAGUGACGUUAUUGCUAAAAGUACUCCCUGGUUCGCACAACUUAUACCCCAACCUAGGACACAAAUACGAGGACAUUUCACAAAAGUCUUUAGUCAACUAUGGUGGACAAUUCUUUGAAUUAGUCAUGAUAGCAUCUGCUAGGCACAAUGAAUUUGUAGAUUUAUUAUUUAAUUGCUCAUAUUGUACUGAGCAGACAAAUCUAUGGCUAUUGUCACACUUUUCCUCUUUGGCCAUUAUUGGUAUCCAUCUGUUAGGGCGUCACAAUAAAGCCAGAGAAAAACUAAAGCGCUUUAUACUGAGUUCUAAAGUGACUCGACUUUUGAGGCAUUCCCCCCUGCUUCCUCCUCUCCCUGUACAUUUUGGUAUAGAACUACAAAUUGUACGCUUCCUACACGCAUUUCACUUGAAGAAACAUGAAAUGUCCGUUAAUGAAUGGCAGGGUACUUGAUAUGAAAUUUUCCGUAAACAUAUUCUGAGCUGCUUCCUGCUCCGUUACUGGUAAAAAAAAAUAUGACAGCGAUAAUCCAAUCACGUCAACACCUUCCCUCGUGAUACGCAACAUAUUAUAUCCCGUUUUCAUCUACUAUUUUUCCAUAGCGUUUCUGCUCGAAAGGAUUCUUCAUUCGUCGCUCCAAGCAACGUUUGUAAGUUUUACAAUAUAACUAAAACAAUCCAUACUUAAUAAACAGUCCAUUUGUGAUGUC